AUGUAUGACAGAAGAUGUACUGUAGCAAUAGAUAUAGAUUUGCUUAUUAAAAGAUUAAAAGCUAUUGGCGAUUUAGUCAAGGCACAGUACGACCAUGAUGCUAAAGAUGACGAUGAGAUUUCAUUUAGGGAAGGUGACAUUAUAAGUGUUGUCAAAUGGGACUCGGAAGACUGGUGUAUCGGAAGACUCCGAGGUAAAAUUGGACUUUUUCCAGCUACCUUCGUAAAAAAGCAUGAUCGAGCACCUGCACCUCCUCCACCAGCAAAACCCCCUAAAAGUAAAUUGAAUACUCCAGGUUUUGGCAAUAUUUUUGCUGACUCCAAGGGUAGUCCAUUGCUACAGAAAGUACAGCAGAGGGCAGAAGAGCUAGAUAGGAAGGAUGCUACGCCUGUUGUGCCGAGUAGGCCUCCCGAUAAAUCGAAGAAGAAAGAAUGCCAGUGCCUGUACGACUAUAAAGCUGAACGAGAAGACGAGCUAGACAUUUCUGAAGGUGAUAUUAUUACCGUUCUUGACGAAGAUGCUAUGGAGGGAUGGUGGAGGGGAUCAUUAAAUGGAAAGGAAGGCCUUUUCCCGAAUAAUUUUAUAAAGGUCAUCGUAGAGGAAGCGGCUGAUAAUGAAUACAAGCAAUCAGAUAUUAUUCGGACUCCAUUAGCGGCUCCUCCUUCAGAUAAAGGCAAUAUCACUUUUGAUGAUGUGAAUGAAAUAAGCGUAUUGCCAAAUCUGACAAGAAGUAGACCUAUGAAAGCAAAAUCUACUCCUCCUUCGAGAAGCAGUCUUCACAAUGAUGUUACCGAUGAUGUUUUCGAUGGUAUGAAAGAUGAAACAAGUAAGUCUAAGAAGUCUAUACCUGAUUCUGAGAAGCCUGAGAAGCUCGAAAAGCCCGAAAAGCCUGGAAAGCCUGGAAAGCCUGGAAAGCCUGGAAAGCCUGAAAAGCCUGAAAAGCCUGAAAAGCCUGAAAAGCCUGAAAAGUCUGAAGGACCUAUUUUGAGCGGCGUUGAAAAAUCCUCUGAAAAAUUGAAAGAAAAUGAUCGUGAUUGUAAGCAAGAUCUUCCUCCAUGGUCAAAGUUUAUGAAGAAACCAAUGAGAUCACCGCAAGUUGAUACUUCAAAUACGGAAGCAAAGAUUAAAUCACAAACAUUGCCACCAAGAAAACCGAAACUAUCCUCAAGUACCUCAAGUACUUCAGGCUAUUCAGUUCCUCAACCCAUUAAAGAACCCGUACUUGCCAAAACAUCUGAGAAUAUAUUCACGGGUGAUAUUAAAGCGAAACAGGAGGAAGUUACCGCGUUGAAGGCUGAAAUUAAGAGUUUACAGGAUAUAAUAGAGCAAAUGAGGAAAAAUUUUGAGUUAACUGUGAAUUCAUUAAGAAAAGAGAUAGACGAAGAAAAAAAAUUGAGAGUUACUAUGCAAGUUGACGUAGAUCGAAUUCGAGAGAAGGUUUAUCCAUGUUAA